AUUCCUUUGUUCCAAUACGAAAUCAAAAACCCAAGGAAGAAGCUUUGUCCGCGGUACUGGGUAAACAACGAGUUUGGGGAGCGCGAUGUACUACACGGAUUUAAGGUUCAAAGCAACUUCGUGAGGAUUCCACCAAGCAAGAAAUCAAAAUUGUCAGCACCAGGGCUCCAACAUGGAGACGCUAGAGAGAAUUCAACCGAACAGGCAAGUGAUAGCCUUUAUUCUGGUGGUGUUCUUGUCUCAGGCUCGCCCUGAGCCUAUUCGGUAUUCUGUGCUGGAAGAAACAGACAGCGGCUCCUUUGUAGCACAUCUGAGCAAGGACCUGGGCCUGGGAAUUGGGGAACUGGCCUCCAGGUCGGCCCGGGUGGUGUCUGACGAUGACAAGCAGCGCUUGCUGCUGGAUCGUGAGACGGGAGAUUUGCUUUUGAAGGAGAAACUAGACCGGGAAGAGCUAUGUGGCCCCAUUGAAACGUGUGUACUGCAUUUCCAAGUGUUGCUGGAAAUGCCAGUGCAAUUUUUUGAAGGAGAAUUAUCAAUUCAGGACAUAAAUGACCACUCCCCAGUAUUCCCUACUAGGGAAAUGCUCUUGAAAAUACCGGAAAACAGCCAGCCAGGGACUAUUUUUCCUUUGAAAUUAGCUCAGGAUUUGGAUGUGGGCAGCAAUGGUCUUCAAAAAUACACUGUUAGCCCGAAUUCACAUUUUCAUGUUCUUACUCGAAAUCAUAGUGAGGGUAAGAAAUAUCCAGAUUUGGUGCAGGACAAAGCGCUGGAUCGAGAGGAGCAGCCCGAGUUCAGCUUAACCCUGGUAGCGCUGGAUGGCGGGUCUCCACCCAGGUCUGGCACCAUCACCGUGAGAGUCCUGAUCAUGGACGUUAAUGACAAUGCUCCUGAGUUUGUGCACACCCCAUAUGAGGUGCAGGUCCUGGAAAACAGCCCCAUAGACUCCCCAAUCCUUACUGUCUUAGCUAGGGACAUAGACGCUGGAAACUUCGGGAGAGUUUCCUAUGGUUUGUUCCAAGCAUCAGAUGAAAUUAAGCAAACCUUCUCACUAAAUGAAGUCACAGGAGAAAUCCGACUGACAAAGAAAUUGGAUUUUGAACAAAUUAAGUCUUACCAUCUGGAAAUUGAGGCUACAGAUGGAGGAGGCCUUUCUGGAAAAGGCAAUGUAGUCAUAGAGGUGGUGGAUGUGAACGACAAUGCCCCUGAACUGACCAUAUCUUCACUCACCAGCUCCAUCCCAGAGAAUGCUCCGGAGACUGUAGUCUCGAUCUUCCGAAUUCGAGAUAGAGACUCUGGAGACAAUGGAAAGAUGGUUUGUUCUAUUCCAGAUACUCUACCAUUCAUUCUAAAACCGACUUUCAAGAAUUUCUAUACUUUGGUAACAGAGAGCCCACUGGACAGAGAGACCACAGCGGAGUACAACAUCACCAUCACCGUCACCGACAUGGGGACCCCCAGGCUGAAAACCCAGCACAACAUCACCGUGCUGGUCUCCGACGUCAACGACAACGCCCCCGCCUUCACCCAGACCGCCUACACCCUCUUCGUCCGCGAGAACAACAGCCCCGCCCUGCACAUAGGCAGCGUCAGCGCCUCGGACAGAGACGCGGGCGCCAACGCCCAGGUCGCCUACUCGCUGCUGCCGCCCCGCGACCCCAGCCUGCCCCUGGCCUCGCUCGUGUCCAUCAACGCGGACAACGGGCAGCUGUUCGCCCUGAGGGCGCUGGACUACGAGGCCCUGCAGGCGUUCGAGUUCGGCGUGGGCGCCACGGACCGCGGGUCGCCGGCGCUGAGCAGCCAGGCGCUGGUGCGCGUGCAGGUGCUGGACGCCAACGACAACGCGCCCUUCGUGCUGUACCCGCUGCAGAACGGCUCCGCGCCCUGCACCGAGCUGGUGCCCCGCGCGGCCGAGCCGGGCUACGUGGUGAGCAAGGUGGUGGCGGUGGACGGCGACUCGGGCCAGAACGCCUGGCUGUCGUACCAGCUGCUCAAGGCCACGGAGCCCGGGCUGUUCGGCGUGUGGGCGCACAACGGCGAGGUGCGCACGGCGCGGCCGCUGGGCGAGCGCGACGCGGCCCGGCACCGGCUGCUCGUGCUGGUCAAGGACAACGGCGAGCCGCCGCUGUCGGCCAGCGUCACGCUGCACGUGCUGCUGGUGGACGGCUUCUCGCAGCCCUUCCUGCCGCUGCCCGAGGCGGCGGCCGCCGCGGCGCGGGCCGACCCGCUCACCGUCUACCUGGUCGUGGCGCUGGCGUCGGUGUCGUCGCUCUUCCUGUUCUCGGUGCUGGCGUUCGUGGCGGUGCGGCUGUGCAGGAGGCGCAGGGCCGGCUUGGCGGGUGGCUGCUCGGUUCCCGAGGGCCAUUUUCCGGGCCACUUGGUAGACGUCAGUGGCACGGGGACCCUGUCCCAGAGCUACCAGUAUGAGGUGUGUAUGACGGGAGACCCUGGGACUGGUGAGUUCAAAUUCCUGAAGCCAAUAUUCCCUAACCUCUUGGUUCAGGACACUGAGAGAGAAAGUAAGGCAAACGCCAACUGCAGGAAUAGCUUUGUAUUCAAUUAA